AUGAACAUCUCCAACGCAAAUGACACGGAUAAUGCCAAGGUUGCGGUAGCAGCCUCUGCUUCCCACAACAGCGGCAGUGACAAUAGCAGCAGUGACGGCAACGUCAAGCGAAGAAGCUCCUAUGUGCUUGCCGUGGACGGCCAGCAGCACGAUGUUUCCAAUCUAGCGCCGACCAAAACUCCACAGACAGCCGCAGCAGCGGCAUUCCGGGAUAUGCUGCUGUUUCCUCCACCCAGCAGCACCAGCAACCGCAGCAGUCACAACAAGAAAAACAAGCUCUAUCCUGAUUUGAAGCGAGUAGCCGCUACCAUUGAAACGCCGGAUCGGGUAUGCCACAGUGAACAUGACGCGUUCAUGGAAGAAUGGACGGAGCAAUGGCUCACACGCUCGGCUUCCUUAUCCGCAGUGGUUUCCUCUCCCACAGAUGAUGAUACCGCUUCAGCUAUGCAUAAAACUCAUUUGACAGCAAUGCCACGGAGCAUCAGUGCCCCUAUUUACAGAGACACAAGCUUGUCUGAUGAUGCGACCACCCAAAGAACUCCCCCGUUUCCAACACCCAAAGGCAACCCAAAACGCUCUGGUAGUUCUUCUUCUUCCGAGAACUCGAGCUACGGUUCCUUCGGUACUACAAGCAGCACCGGCAAUAAGGUGCAACCACCCAAGAUAAUGCCCGGUACUACUAGUACUACAAGCACCUCAAGACGAGACGACGUUUCUGCAAGCGGGGGUGGUCAACAACAGCAAGACAGCAUGGGGCUGUCCGAUACACUGCACAAACAUGGCCCACUAACACUACGACGAAGACAACUGGAAGAGCACCAGCAACAGUGUUAUGACCAGCCAGCCUAUCUGAGGGCAGAUUUGGAUGAACACGGAAAGCCCAUGGUGGAGAUUGGCAACAUCAAGGUCCCUUACGUGGGUUCUACUGCCCGGACCAAGGCUGCCAUUUGCCAACAGGUGGAGCCCACCGUGGCACUGGACUGUCCCAACUGUCAAGAAGCUCUCGUCUGCAUUGCCGGGCUACGCUACGUGCUCUGUGUGACUUGCAAAACCGUCAGUUCGGCUCAGAGAUACCACCAAGGUGGCGCGCAGCCGCAGUCCGAGCCGUUUGGAGUGGGGGUGGGCCUCGUCCGCCCAGCAGACUACAAAUCCCCGGUCUCACGGUCGGCGUAA